UAAUCAAAAAUAAAAAUAGGGGGGGGGGGGGUAGAGAUGUAAAUUAGCGCUGUAGACAAGUCCAAAAGGAAUAUUAAAAAAUACUAUAAUUUUCAUCAGUACAUAUAGAAAAAAAAAUCGAAUGUUGAAACUUCUAAAAGAAAUGAUUUCUUAUCUUGCGAAAAUCUAAAAGAAUAUUUUGACCAUCAUAAAUCAUCGAUUUUGUAUUAUGAAUACUCUUAUGACCAAAAGCCUGAUGAGUAUAAGCAUAACCCAACUUUAAAGGAAGGUUUUUCUGCAUGUUUUCUAACCAAGUAAUGCUGCACUAAACAAGUGGAUUGACAAAGAAUAAUAACAAAUUUAUUGUCCCAAAAAAAACUAUAAUCAUGCACUGAAAAACAACCUUUCGUCAACAAAAGAAUGGCACAAAUUUCCAUUGAUAAAGUCUAAGAUAACAGAUGAGUUGUUAUCAGAUUCAUAGAUUGAAGAUGUUUUUUCUUCACAUUUUAUUGAUGAACACAAUAAAACCAAGCAAAGUUCACAUUGUCAAAGAGUUUCAAGUUUUAAUAGAUGCAAAAUGUUAUUCUCAAGGAGCUUGUAGAAAUAAAAGUUCUUUCAAAAGAAGUUAUAGAAAUUAAGUUUCAGGCUACUGGGUUGAAGUUGCUAGAAUCAGUGGAUGAAGUGGUUACACUGCAUAAUAAACUAAAAGAUAAAACCGAGUAUACUAAUUUGCUUGAUAAUUUGAAAAAGAUUUGUGGUGGAAAGUUUGAAAAAGGAUUGGUGGCCAAGAGAAUAUGUUUUUUUGAUCAUGAAAAGGUUAUUUUCGAAUCAGUUACAGUCCAAAUUAAAUCGAAAAGGAAAUGGGGAAAAGAUGAACUUAGAAAAUCUAGUAAAUAUAUGGAGUGUUUUACGAGAUAUCGGCGACGUGGAAGACGGUUGACGGCAAUGCAGAAAUAUAGUUUCUUAUGUAUAUUUUUGUGAAAUAAAAUUAAGUAAUUUUAGUUAAAA